AUGGCAGACUGUGAGAAGAAGAGUCGGAGCGGACGACCCGAAGAUCUGAAGACCGUCGCAUGUCCCUCAGAAGAAUCUGAGCGGCAAGGAUACGGCGGCGCUGAGGAUUUGAUCGGGAACACAAAGGACCUCCCUCAACCCGAGUACACUCAUACGGGACCUCAACCGGACUACGAGAGACCAGCUGAGAUUCCUCGACCAGCUCCUCCGGUAGAGCCUGAUUAUGAGCCGGAACCUGCCCCGGUAAACGUACCCACGCGACCUCCGAAUCGUCCGAUCCAAAACUAUGGUCCCACGAGCCAAGGGCCCCGGCCUGCAGCUCCCGCUCCCCAACGACAGCCGGAGCCCAGACCUCUAGCUCCGGUCAGACAGCCAUCGUACAACCCAGAACCCACUCCCGCUCCCCAAAGACAGCCGGAGCCGAGACCCUUGACUCCGAUUCGUCAGCCGUCUUAUUCGCCAGAACCCGCUCCGGCACCGAGGCCGACUGGACCAGCUCCCGCGCCAAGGCCGGCUGCGCCACCAACGAGACCUUCUGCCCCUCAAAGACAACCCGCUUACCAGCCGGAGCCCGCUCCCGGACCUCGACAGCCUGCUUACGAGCCGGAAUCCGAUUCCGCGCCCGAGGCACCACCUGCCUUCGAGCCCGAAGCUCCAGCCCAGGCGCCGAGACCCGCGCCGCGCCAACCGUCUUACCAGCCCGAAAGAGCGCCCGCGCCCCGACCGGCUCCCCGACCCGCUGCUCCGCCUGCGAGACAGCCUGCUUACGUCCCUGAGCCUGCCCCUCGUCCCGCUGCUCCAGGUCCUCGACCGGCAGCCCCCGCACCGGGUCCUCGUCCCGAAGCGCCGCGACAGCCUUCUUACGUUCCUGAGCCAGCCCCUCGUCCCACCGCCCCAGGUCCUCGACCGACAGGUCCCGCGCCAGGACCUCGUCCCACAGGGCCCGCCCCCGCCCCAGUCCGACAGCCCGCUUAUCUGCCCGACCGGCCAGACGAGCCUGAGACGAAUUCCGCCGCCCAGGCGCAAGGACAGACUGGCCCGUCAUCAUCCCAAGGCGCUGCGGGACGACCGUCGAACGAUUACGACGCUCAGUUCGACGAUGGAUCGUACAAGGGAGACGACGGCCAAGUGUGGCCCGCCAUACGAGGAGAGGCUGGGAAGGACUACCCGGUGUAUUCGUCUGUUCCCGAGACUGGUUUCUCGUGCGACAGCCAAGAGCUGCCCGGAUACUAUGGAGACACCGGCGCCCAAUGUCAAGUAUUCCACAUCUGCCAAGUGAACGAGGAGGGCGAAAAACGUAUCGACUCGUUCCUCUGUCCGAACGGAACAGUUUUCAACCAGAAAUACUUCGUCUGCGAUUGGUGGUACAAUUACGAUUGUUCUGAGACGGAGGGAUACUACAGUCUGAACGCCGAGCUGUACAAGGAGCCCGAGCCCGGAACUCAGCAACAACAAACCCAGGCGCCGACACCGCAGGCACCUCGCCAGCCCGCGUACACACCCGAGCCCGUCGGACCUGCCCCGGGUGCUCCCCGACAGCCGGCAUACGUUCCCGAAGCUCCCGCUCCCGGAGCGCCCAGACAACCAGGACCUGGAGCGCCACGACCUCCCGCUCAACGUCAACCGUCUUACGUUCCGGAGCCCGCUGCGCCAGCGUCUCGGCCCGAGGCGCCCAGACAGCCUUCGUACGAGCCGGAACCAGCAGCACCUCGUCCGGAAUCUCCUCGCCAGCCAUCUUACGCUCCGGAACCCGCAGCACCCGCGCCAAGACCCGCAGCACCCGCGCCAAGACCCGUAGCACCCGCGCCAAGACCAGCCGCCCCUCGUCAGCCUUCAUACACGCCUCAACCCGCUAGUCCGGCUCCCGCUCCACGUCCAGCGGCUCCCCGACAGCCCUCGUAUGUUCCGGAGGCACCGGCGGCCCGUCCCGCUCCUCAGCGACAGCCGGCGUAUGAACCCGAGUCUCCCGCGGCCCGGCCACCUCCCCGACAACCGUCCUACACCCCUCCCGCUCCGGCUGGCCGUCCCGCUCCUCAGCAGCCAUCUUAUACGCCUGAAGCUCCGCGACAGCCCUCGUAUCAGCCCGAGCCAGCACCUGCACCCGCUCCGCCACGACGGCCCUCAUACGAACCGGAGCCCGCUCGAGCCCCGGCUCCGCCGCGGCGGCCAUCCUAUGAGCCCGAACCAGCACCCGCGCCGGCUCCGCCGCGACAGCCCUACACUGAAGAGCCAACUCCGCAGGAUGCCCCGCAGGAAGCUGCACCUGCUCCCCAGAGGCCGAGUUUCAACGACAACAACCGUGUGCAGAGCCAACCCGCUCAGGGACCCACUCAGAGCUUCGAGCAAGGACCUCCAGUGGAAGACGAUGAGGAGGAUACCGGAAGAUACUACGGACGUUAG